CCAUGGAGGUUGGUGUAAAGGUGGGCAGUGCCUGGGGAUGACAAGGGAGGGGGGACAUAACAGGUGGCUGAGACUUGAGAGUGUCUCAGAGGAGGGAACUUCUGCCUUUCCUAUACUCUGCCAGAUUUCCACAGUGCUGCCAUAUCCCCUGUUGAUUGUGGUGCAGGAGAUGGUAGGAUUAUUGGGGUAAGGGUGGGCUGGAGUAUGAGUGAAAGAUUUGAGAGGAGGACCACAAGAUGGGACACAUUAACAAACUGGACCUGGGCUCUGGAAAGACAGGUUUUGGGGUCAGGGACCAGGUGCUUGUCUGUUCUACCAAGGCCUCAGUCUUCAUUACCUCCUGUUUGUUUACUGGUCCAUAGAUCUACCUGUAGGUCUGCUGUAGGGAUUGGCACCACUGGAAGCAAAGAAACAAAGAAAUUGUCCCAAUCAGUAUAAACCGGUAAGAGGAUGGGGACUGCCUGUGUACACCUGUAGGAUGGGUUGGUGGAGACCAACAUGCAUCCAAUAAGGAUCAGUGUCCAGUCUGGAGGAUCCUCAGCCUCUCCUUUUCCCAGUUACCGUUCCCACUACCCCUGUUACCUACCCCAACCCCAAUCCUCAACUUUGUUUUGGUACAGGGGAAAGAGUAUGACAGCACUCAGGGGAGUGGGGUGAAAUGAAGCGGGUAGAGAGGUAGUUUGCUAAUAAUAUGCCUAUCCCAUCGAGAACAAAUCUCUACUCCCAUUUAUCCUUCCAUUCUGCCUGUCUGUCUCUAGGUGUAAAACUCUCAUGAAUGUAUAGAUCUGCUUUAUGGUGUAUCAUCAAUCAAGAGAAGGAAAGAGGAAGGAACUGCCUCAGAUCAUUACAGGUCCACCUCCAGUGGCAGCUGUAGUGGCCUUUGAGUGGCUAAAGACCUACACCCAAACCUACCAUCGUCUUUCCCCAGCCUAAGUGAGCACUCUCUGUUCCUUGUUCGUGCCUUCAGCAGGGGUGAUUACAUGGGCCGCAUUCAGGAAGUGGGCUGGGUGACUGCAGGACUGGUGAUCUGGGCUGGCGCCUGUUACUACAUUUACAGAUUAACCAAGGGAAGAACCCAGAGUGUGAGGAGAUCGACCAGAAAUGGGUCCAGAGUCAAGAAGGAGACUGUGGUUGAGGUACAGAACCAGAUUUUGGCCAUGAGUGAAGCCGUGGCUAGGGCUAAGAUUGAGACUAUACCCAAGGUCAAGAUUGGAGCAGAAACUGGAGCAAGAGGUGAGACUAAGGCUGAAGUAGCCCUAGCCACUGCUAUAGCCAGCCCCAAGGCCAACUCCCAGGCCGAGGCAAUGACUGGGGCAGAGGCCAAGGCAGAAGCAGAGCCCCAAUGUGAGGCCAAAGCAGUUGUUGGAACAGUGGUCAAGACAGAGGCAAUGACUCUGACUACGGCCAAGGCCGAAGCCAGGGAAGUUUUCAAGAAAGAGGCAAUGACUCAAACUGAGGCUGAGGCUGGGAAAGUAGUAAAGAAAGAGGCAGUGACCCAGACCAAAGCUAAAGUUUGGGCACUAGCUGCCAGGUCAGAGGCCAGGAAAGAAGCAAUGACCCAGACCAAAGCUGAGGCUCGUACAUUGGCUGUAAAAGAGACAGAGAUUAAAAGAGUAAUGGUGACACAGACUGAGGUCUUGGCAGUGACUAGGGAAGUGGCCAAGAUGGAAGCCACAAAUAAGACUGGAGUUGUGACUGAGACCGAGGCAAGAGCCAUGGAAGAGACUGUGAGUGUAGCCAAGCCUCAGUUUGAGGCCAGGCCUGGUGCCACGGUUGAUGCCAAGGGAAACUCAGAUGUCAUGUCUCCAGUAGUGGCUGGAGUGGGUAUGAGGUCCUGUGUACAGUCUCAGGCUGUGGACAAGAUCCAGGUUGACGACAUGCCUGGUGCCAGGGUUGAGGCCAGGGGGAAUUACAAAACCACAUUUAGGGCAGAGUCUGGGGCAGACAUGAAAGCUUCUACUCAGCCUCAGAAUGUUGCUGAGGCCCAGGCUGAGGGCAUGCCUGGGGCAAGAGUUGAUGUCAAGAGUAGUACAAAUGCCAUGGGUAAGGCAGGGGCUGGGGAAGAUAUGACAGCUUAUAUACAACCUUGGACUGUGGCCAAGAAACAGGCUGAGGCUACGCCUGGUGCCAGGGUUGAUGGCAGGGGAAAUACUAAUGUCAUAUAUAGGGCAAUGACUGGAAUCGACAUGAGGGCUGCUUUUCAGCCUCAACCUGUAGCUGGUACUCAGGCUGAGACCAUGCCUGAUGCCAGGGUUAAAGCUAGAGGCAAACCCAAGGCCAAAUCUAAAGCAAGGGCCAGGGCAAACCUGAGGGCCAAUGCCCAGGCUGAGACCUUGUCUGAUGCCAGGGUUAAGGCUAGAGGCAAUCCCAAUGCCAUGUCUAAGGUAGGGGCUGGAAUAGACACGUUAUCCUGUACACAGCCUCAACCUGUGGCCAGUGUCCAGGCUGAUGAAAGAAUUAAAGCUAGGGCCAAUACCAGUGCUAUGUCUAAGGAAGAAACUGGAACAGACACAAAGGCACAGCCCCAAGCUACAACCAAGAGCCAGGUUAAAGCCUUAUGUAGUGCUAAACGUAAGGCUAGGGGCAAAGCCAAUGCCAAGUGUAAGACAAAGGCUGGGACAGACACGAAAACCUUUGCACAGGCUCAGGCUGGGAAUAAGACCCAGGCCGAGGUUGCGUCUGAUUCUAGGGUUGAUGGCAGCGGGGAUCCUAAUGCCAUUUCUAGGGCAGGGGCUAAGGCAGACUUGAGGACCUGUGGUCAGCCUCAGGCUGUGGCCAGUUCCCAGGCUGAGGCCCUGCCUGGUGGCAGGAAUAAGGCCAAGGUCAAUCCCAAUGCUGCAUCUAAGGCAGAGGCUGGGGCAGAUACAAGGGACUGUGCCCAGCCUCAGACUGUGGCCAGUCCCCAGGUGGAGGCCUUGCCUGGUGGCAGGAAGAAGACCAGGGGUAAUCGCAAUGUUGUGCCCAAGGCAGAGGCUGGGGCAGAUAUGAGCGACUCUGCCCAGCCUCGGACUGUAGCCAAUUCCCAGGUUGAAGCCUUGCCUGAUGGUAAGAAUAAGGCCAGGGGCAACCACAAUACUGUGUCUAAGGCAGAGUCUGAGGCAGAUACAACGGACUCUGCCCAGCCUCAGACUGUGGCCAAUUCCCAGGCUGAGGCCUUGCCUGGUGGUAGGAAUAAGGCCAGGGGCAACCGAAAUGCUGUGUCUAAGGCAGAGUCUGAGGCAGAUACAAUGGACUCUGCCCAGCCUCAGACUGUGGCCAAUUCCCAGGUCGAGGCUUUGCCUGGUGGCAGGAAGAAGGCCAGGGGUAAUCGCAAUGCUGUGUCUAAGGGAGAGGCUGGGGCAGAUACAAAGGACUCAGCCCAGCCUCAGACUGUUGCCAGUUUCCAGGUGGAAGCCUUGCCUGGUGGCAGGAAGAAGGGCAGGGGCAACCGCAAUGCUGCAUCUAAGGCAGAGUCUGAGGCAGAUAUGGGGGACUCUGCCCAGCCUCAGACUGUAGCCAAUUCCCAGGCUGAGGACUUGCCUGGUGGCAGGAAUAAAGCCAGGGCAAACCUCAAUGCUGUGUCUAAGGCAGAAGCUGGGGCAGAUGCAAGGGACUCUGCCCAACCUCACGCUGUGGCCAGUUUCCAAGUGGAGGCCUUGCCUGGUGCCAGGAAUAAGGUCUGGGAUAAUCCCAAUGCUGCACCCAAGACAGAGCCUGGGGCAGAUAAAAGGGACUCUGUCCAGCCUCAGACUGUGGCCAAUUUCCAGAUUGGAGCCUUGACUGGUGCCAGGAAUAAGGUCAGGGGCAAUCCCAAUGGUGUAUCUAAGGCAGGGGCUGGGGCAGAUAUGAAAGAUUCUGCCCAACCUGAGACUGUGGCCAAUUCCCAGGCUGAGCCCUUGCCUGGUGUAAGGGACAAGGUUAUGCCCAGGUCUGAGGCAGAAGUCAUAGCAGAUGUUGAGGUCUAUGCAAAUCCUAAGGCUGAGGCCAUGCCCACUUCUGAGAGUGAGGGUGGGGAAGACAUUCAGGCCCUCAGAAAGACUCAGCCUAAGGUCCACCACUAUUACUGGAAUGGGAUUGGUAUUGAGGAUUGGAUUGCUGCUGAGCGGUGGAUCAAAUUUAGGUUUCAGGCCAGGGAUGGAUACUGGGAGAAUAGUAUGUCCUGGGCUGGGGAUGAGAAUGAAGUCACUAUUGAGUCCUGGAGUGGGGCUAGUGAUGAGGCUAGUAUUCAUAGGUCCUGGGCUGCGACUUGUGAUGAGACCAGCAUCAAGUCCGGGCCUGGGGCUGGGGCUGGAGGUGGGGCUGAAAAUGAGGUUGGUAUUGGGUCCUGGGCUGGAGCUGGGGACCAAAUCAAUGAAGGGUCCUGGGUCACUGAGUCUGGGAACCAAGCCAGUGGUGGGCCCUGGGCUGGGGGUCAGGCCAGUGAGGGGCCCUGGACUGGGAGAAAGGACAGUGGGAGUUCCUGGGCUGGGGCUGGGGAUAAGGCCAUUGGAGGGUCCUGGACUGGGACUGAGAACCAGGCUAGUGGGGUGUCUUGGGCUGUGAAAGAGGCUAGUAGAGCAUCCUGGAUUGGGGCUGAAAACCAGGCCAGUGGAGAGUCCUGGACUGGGGCUGAGGCACAGGUCAGUGGAAGAUCCUGGAAUGAGGUUGGGAUUCAGUCUAGCAAAGGGUCCUGGGCUGGGGCUGAGGAUCAGGCUGAUGGUGGGUCUAAGCCUAGAUUUGAGGAUCAGGCCAGUGGGAUAGGAUCCUGGACUGGGGCUGGUGGCCAGGCUGGUGGAAGACCCAGGUUGGGGCCAGAGGACCAGUCCAGGGGUGGGUCCUGGGCUGGGGCAGGGGAUCAGGCUGGUGACUGUCCCAAACCUGGAUAUGAGGAUCAGGCCACUGGAGGAGGGUCCUGGGCUGAGUCUAGGCCUGGGAAUGAGGCCAGUGGAAGGUCUAGGCUGGGGCUUGAGGCCCAGGGCAGUGGAGGGCCCUGGGCGAGGGCUGAGGACCAGGUCACUGGAAAGUACAUGUCCGAGGCUGGGGACCAGGCUGGUGAAGGAUCCAGGCUGGUGUCUGAGGACCAGGCCAAUGGAUGCUUUUGGGCUUGCACUAGGAAUCAGACCAGUAGAGAAGGAUCCUGGGCUGGAAAUGGAGGCCAGGCUAGUGGAAGACUCAAGCCAGGGCCAGAGGGCCAGUCCAGUGAUGGGCCAUGGGCUGGCACUGGGAGUCAGGUCGGUGGAGGCUCCUGGGCUGGGGCUAAUGACCAGGCUGGUGGAGUACCCAAGCUGGGACCAGAGGACCAGUCUAGGGAUGGGUCCUGGGCUGGCACUGGGAGUCAGGUCAGUGGAGAGUCCUGGGCUGAGGCUGGGGAUCAGGCUGGUGACUGUUCCAAACCUGGAUUUGAGGAUCAGGCCACUGGAGGAGGGUCCUGGCCUGGGUCUGAGCCUGGGAAUGAGGACAGUGGAGGGUCUAGACUGGGACCUGAGGACCAGGCCAGUGGAGGGUCUUGGGCUGGGAUUGAGGACCAGUCCAGUGGAGAGUCCUGGACUUACACCUGGCACCAGGCUGGUGGAAGGUCUAGGCCAGGGCUCUCAGACCAGUCUAGUGGUGAGUCCUGGGCUGGCGCAGUGAAUCAGGCCAAUGAAUCUUGGACUGGGGCUGGGGAUCAGGCUGGUGACUGCUCCAAACCUGAAUUUGAGCAUCAGGCCACUGGAAGAGGGUCCUGGGCUAGGUCUAGGCCUGGGAAUGGGGCCAGUGGAGGGUCUAGGCUGGAGCCUGAGGACCAGGCCAGUGGAAGGUCUUGGACUAGGGCUGAAGACCAGGCCAGUGGAGAGUCCCAGGUCAGGGCUGAGGUGGCGGCCACCAAAGGAUCCUGCUUUGGGGCCGGAAAAGAGACUAGUAUAGGGUCCUGGUUCUGGGAAGGGGAAGAGGCUGGUACUGUGUCCAGCCCUGGCGGUAAGGAUAAAGCCAUUGCUAAAUCCAGAUCAGGGACUGGGGAAGAGACCAUGAUUAGUUCCGGGUCUGGGGCUGAAGACAAGGUCAGUAUUGGGUCCUGGAUACAAUCUGAUGAUGCAUCCUACGGGGGUUCUUGUGCAGGGGCUGAAGGUGGGGCUGAGGCUAGGAUAGGGUCUUGGUUCUGGGAUGGAGAUGCAACCACUCAAGGGUCUAGUCUUGGGGCUGAGGGAGAGCCUGGCGUAGGAUGCUGGACUUUGGCUGGGGAUGUAGAUGAGGAAGAGCUAAAUAGCAGGUCCAGCCCUGAUAUUGAGGAGAUCAGUUUAAGGUCCUUGUUUUGGGCUGAGAGUGACGACAGUAUUGAGUUCAGACCCAAGACUGGGAAAAAUGUCAAAUUUGAGCGUGGCCCUGGGGAUAAGGCCAAAAUCCAGGAUAAGUCCGAGGCUUCUGGUGAAGUCCAUGAAAGCUCUUGCUUUCCUGAUAAUGAGAACAGAAGCCAAGGAAAAUCUAGACCUAAGGCUCAAGCAAAUAUGUCAGCUGAGUCAAGAGGCACAUACUCGUCUGUGGUCCCUGGGGCAGGAAUGGGGUCAUGGGCUGGAGCCAUGAUCUGGACAGAAAUAAACUUUCCAUACCAAAAUGAGUCCUGCCUCCCACCUGAAGAUGAGCUCAGAAAGCAGAUCAGGGCCGGGGAGAAGAUUCAGCCCUGGGCCUGCCGCUGUAAACGUGAAGCUAAUAUGGAUCCUCGAGAGUUUGAAAAACUCAUUUGCAUGAUUGAGAUGACUGAGGAUCCUUCCAUUCAUGAAGUAGCUAAUAAUGCUCUUUUUAAUAGUUCUGUUUAUCCCUGUUCCCAAGAAGUCGUUCGUAAUGUAGGUGGAAUCUCAAUUAUUGAAAGCUUGCUCAAUAACCCCUACCCCAGUGUUAGGCAGAGGGCUUUAAAUGCGCUAAAUAACAUCUCAGUGGCUGCUGAAAAUCAUAGGGAAGUUAAAACAUACAUAAACCGAGUAUGUGAAGACACCAUCACCUAUCCUGUGAAUUCAAGUGUGCAGGUAGCCGGACUAAGAUUGAUAAAGCACCUGACUAUUACCAGUGAAUAUCAACAUAUGGUUACAAAUUAUAUUUCAGAAUUUCUUCGUUUGUUAACUGUGGGAAGUGGAGAAACUAAAGACCAUAUUUUGGAAAUGCUUUUGAAUUUCUCUAAAAAUCCAUCUAUGACAAAAGACCUGCUCAUUGCCAAUGCACCAACAUCCCUGAUUAACAUCUUUAGCAAGAAAGAGACAAAAGAGAAUAUUCUUAAUGCUCUUUCACUAUUUGAAAAUAUAAAUUACCAUUUUAAAAAAAGAGCAAAGGUAUUUACCCAGGACCAGUUCAGUAAAAAUUCCCUUUACUUCCUGUUCCAACGACCUAAAGUGUGUGCCAAGAAACUUCGAGUCUUAGCAGCAGAAUACAAUGACCCUGAGGUGAAAGAAAAAGUUGAGCUAUUAAUAAGCAAACUCUGAUUGGCUGUAUGGUUCCAAAUAAAUUUGAAUAAUAUUUUGGUUUUGUAGCCUGGAAGUAAUGUACAUUGUAAAUCACAUUAUAACUUCAAAACUGAUGUGACCUAUGAUGGCCUAUAGCUGGACCAUUUUAUGAACACCAAAUGAGCUCAAACUUGUUCUGAAAAUAUAUGUGUUGAUUUUUAUCUUGCCUGGAUUAAGAUAUUUUUAGUAUGUUUCAUGAGCAGAAACUGAACUGAUUCCACGUAAGAUAAUCUUUGGUCCUUUGCGUGGACUUAUGUUUAUACAUUUGAGACUUUAUUUUUAUGUUAUCAAUAAACUUGUGUGUUUUAAGCAGGAAAAAAAAAAAGAAUCGUCCUCG